AACCAAACCCCUCGCGCCAUCACGCUUCCCUCCCUCGUGCGUUUGCACCGUCACGCUUCCCUCCCUUGUGCGUUUGCGCCGUCACGACUUCUGCGAUGCCCCGCCCCCGUUCACGCGACAAGGCGGCAUCCCCGCCGUCGCCGGCCGGUGCCCGGCAACGCACCCCCGCGCCGUCCCCGUCCACCUCUCUCCACCUCGGUAUCGGCCCCGCGUCCCCCGACAACGACCUCGGCGUCGGAUCCCUCGACCUCAAGCAACCCGCCGCUGCGCCUCCCCGACACAGCCUGCUCCUCGCGGGCGCCGCCCUCCGCCUCGGCCUCGGCCCCGCCUCCCCCGAUGACGACCGCGGCGCCAGAUCCCCCAACCUCAGCCCACCCGCCGCCGCGCCUCCCCGACGCAGCCUGCGCCUCGCGGGUAGUCGAAACACUCUCUCCGUGUCGGGCAGGGGCGAGAAGGGGGCGAGGAGGGCCCAUGCUCGAGUCUCCGCCUCCUCCCUUGCUACCACCGUCUCGCCUAGGGCCGGGAACUCUAGUAGCGAUGACAGCGGGUCGGGGGCGGAUACGGCUUUGGCGAGCGGCGAGCGUUAUGGCAGUGCGGUGCCGUUCACGACCCGGUCUCGUAUCGUGAAGCGGCGGGCGGAGGCGAGCCCUCAGGCGGGCGGGGAGGUGGGGAUCGGGUCGGCUGGUCGAGGCCAGGUGCCUGACGAAAUGCUGCACCGGGACGUGGGGACGCCGUCGAAGCGGUGCAGGACCGUAUUGGUCGGAGGAGUGGAGACAGUGUAUAUGUCUGAUACAGAGAGUGAUUCUGAUGAGGAUUGCAUGAUGCUGGGUCCAAGUGGGACCGAACUGAAUCCUAUUGCUGUGGAUAUGACUGAAAAUGGGAGUCUGGAUGAUCCUGCCAAUGCAAGCGACGUGGAGUCUUUGCAGACGCAUAAUCUGCUAGGGACGACAAAUGUUGGGGUGGUUGAGCAAUCAGUAUAUCCUUCAGGAAGUGCUUCAAGUUUUGAAGCAAGAAUCUCUGCAGAUAUGUAUGUCUCGAGCCAUUACAGUUCUAGAAAGGGAAGCAAAGUGAACGGGAAGCUUGUUUUGGAGAAUAACAGUUCUCGUGCUGAUGCUAAUGUGGGCUCUGCAGUUGGUACCAGUCCCCGCAAAUUCAAUCCAUACAGCAAAGGAAAGGGAAAGAUGGUUGCAGAAGAUACUUUAUCAUCUCUGGUCUCCAGUGAGGACGAGCCAGAUUUGGAUCCAGUGCAUUCCAAAGAGACUCAGGUUAAUCCAGGAUCAGUUUCUGCUUCUAUGGUGUCAUAUCGCAGACAAAAAGCAAAAGAGAGAGCUAUCAGGUUGGCUCCUGAAUUUGCUUUCUUUAAAGCAGAUAAAGAUGAGCAUAGUGAAGAUGAUGAUGAAGAACUAGAGCCUGGUCCUGACUCUCAGGACUGGCCAGGCUCAUUCGUAACUGCUGCAAGGAUGUAUGAAGAAAGAGAAGCUAAGUUGAGAGCUCGAGAGUUGAAUUCUUCAAAGCUGAACAAAUCUGCAAAUAGGGUCAUUGUUUGGUCGCCUUCAAAGGAUGAGAAGAAUCCAGCACGAGCUCAAGCUGCCCCAUCACUUACAAGCUUAUGCUUAAAUACACUUGCGAAACAUUCUGAAUGUAUUGGAACACUUGAAGGUAUUCCAGAGGAGCUAAAGAAUAGGCUGUUCAAGAUUCUGUGUCAUUCUAGGAAGAUGAAUACUUAUCUUCUCAAUGAACUAUUAUGUGACAGUCCUACAGAACUGCAUCUCAGUGAGUGUUCAUGGCUGAGUGAGGAUGACUUUGAGAAAACUUUUGGGAAAUGCAGCAUUGAAAGCUUGCAGGAUCUACAGCUUGAUAUAUCUGGGAGAUGCAUGCCUGAUUACAUAUUGCCAACUACCUUAGCUAAGGUUCCUAACUGUAUGCCAUUGUUGAGAAAAAUAUCUCUGAAGGGAAAUUAUCGGCUUUCUGAUAAUGGUUUAGUCACAAUCAUCUCGGCUGCACCUUCUUUAUGUUCCAUAAAUCUGUGUGAGUGUUCUCUUCUCACUUCAUCUGGAAUCAAUAUUCUUGCAAACAAGUUACAUUCAGUUCUUAGAGAACUGUAUAUAGAUGAUUGCACAAACGUGGAUGCUAUGGCAAUUCUUCCUGCUCUACAGAAGAUUAAUCAUCUAGAGGUUUUGUCAAUGUCUGGAAUACAAUCUGUGUGUGACAAGUUUGUGAAGGGGCUCAUUCCUGUGCAUGGUUCAAAUCUGAAGGAGUUAGCAUUUGCUGGUUGCUUGGAACUUACCUCAGCUUCCAUCAAGACUGUUGGGGAAUAUUGUCAAGAAUUAACUUCAUUGGAUCUCCGCAACUUGAAUAGGCUGCGUGACUCAGCACUGUGGCAUCUUCGUGGUUGUAGGCUACUAAGGAAACUAAGGCUUCAAAGAAACGCAUUCAGUGAUGAAGCUGUGUCUCAAUAUUUGGAGGAAUCUGGAGGAGGCCUGACCGAGUUAAUGCUAAACAAUGUUAAGAAGGUUGGAGACCUUACUGCUCUUGCAAUUUCUCGCAAGUGUUCUGUUCUAUUGAAUGCCCUGGAUCUUUCCUUCUGCCGUGAACUGACAGACGAUUCUUUGGGGCUGAUUGUCGACAGCUGCCCAUCAUUGAGGAUUCUUAAGCUAUUUGGUUGUACCCAGGUCACGGAUUUGUUCCUCAAGGGUCACUCGAACACAUCGGUCGAAAUCGUCGGAAUAGAAGGGAGUAUACUCGCGCAGAUGGAUAACCGUUAGUUUGUGUGGAGAACAGAGACCGACACUACAUUCUCCAGUUGUCUAAGCUUAGGAUUCGAGGCAUCAAGGUCCACAUCGUGGCUGCAGCAACAAGUGGGGAAUAUUUUGUCGACCAGUCUACCUUGCUUAUACCAGUCAGCCAUGUAGAAAGCUUUCUUGAAAUGCUUUGUUUUUCUCGGAUACCUUUUUUUUGAAAGGUUUCUUUGGUUAACUGAAGCGGUGGAAAAUCUGCUGCUGCAUCAUGCAAGUUAACGAUAGAAUAUUUUUAAUUGUUUAGAUGGUAAAGGUUAGGGCUUGUUUGGUUCCUUUAGUGUGUGUUUGGUUUAGCUGUGAGCUUUGAAAAAGCUGCUGUGAGCUGUC